CACUGUAACAUCACGCAGGAUGAAAACAGAGAAGACGGCCAACACCCUACCCCCUUCCCCUUUUAUACUCCAACAGAGGUAGUUCCUGAUUCUGUACAGGCCUGUUAGAAUAGAGGCACAGCAUGGUUUAAACUCACUGGCCUAUCGUUGGUGUUGGCGCUUAAGCUAGUCCAGCCCCUUAGCGCAUGUGACGACUUGUCUUCGGGUGCAGAGAUGAUCUUCAUUCUUGGAGACAGGGGACUCCUACAGGACCAUAGGAUUCAGCUUCCGAGUUGGACGGUCCACGGUGGCAGGCAUUGUCCCCUCUGUGGCACAAGCCAUUUGGGACUGUCUGGUUGGUGAAUACAUGCCUGUCCACAAGGAGGAAGACUGGAGGGCCAUCGCUGCCGAGUUCCUGGAGAGGUGGAAUUUCCCCAACUGUCUUGGCUCCAUUGACGGGAAACAUGUAGUAAUCCAGGCUCCACCGUGCUCAGGAUCGCAAUUCUACAACUACAAGGGUACAUAUUCAGUUGUACUCUUGGCUGUAGUAGAUGCCAUCUACUGUUUCCGUGUUGUCGAUGUUGGUGCUUACGGCAAGGGAAGUGAUGGCAGGACCCUCCGGGACUCUGCCUUCGGCCAGGCACUUCAGGUUGGCACCCUGGAGAUUCCACCACCUGUAUCACUCCCUGGGGCUGAAGACCUAGGACCUGUUCCCCACGUCUUCGUCGGCGACGAGGCCUUCCCUUUAAGACCCAACCUCAUGAGGCCCUACGCUGGACGCCAGCUGCCAUUGCCAAAGCCUGUAAGGAUCUUUAACAAACGACUGUCCAGGGCAAGGUUAGUUGUUGAAUGCGCCUUUGGGAUUCUGGCAGCCCGGUGGAGAAUGUUUCGGAGAGUGCUUGGUCUCAAUCCCUCAAAUGUCGAUGCCUGCGUGAAGGCCACAUGUGUUCUCCACAACUACCUGCGGAGGUCAUUCCAGGACCCGCUCCGGAUGGAGAUGGGCACGCCAAAUGGUCAACUUCCUGAUGUCACCAGGGCAGGUGCCAACAACGCCCCCAGACAGGUACUCCAGGAACUGAGCCCUAGGACCAUGCCUCAG